GCUGCCGCCUCCCGGCCCCGCCGGCCCCGCCGCGUCCCCUCCCCGGCCCCCCCCGCUGCCACCGCCCCCCAUGGAGACCCCUGAGGCCACCGGGGCCACCGUCCCCCCCGAGGUGUCCCCAGAGCUGCUGAAGCCACUGGUGACUGUGGUGGCCACCCUGGGGGAGCUGGGAGCCACCCCAGGGGAUGUCCCCCUGGCUGGGCCACUGGGCUCGCUGCGGGCCGGGCUGGUGGCCCUGGUGACCAACAUCCGUCGGGCCAUGGACCACCCCCACGGAGAGGCCACCCGCCUGCGGCGUGUCCUGGCCACCGCAGGGGCCACCUCUGCAGCCACCCCUGAGCUGGAGGGUUCCGCUGUCCCCAGGGCCGCCACGAAGGACGCCUGGGCCACCGCGGCAACCGUCACCCGUGAGUGGCUGAAGGUGGUGGCCGUGGUGGAGGACACUUGGGUCAGGGUGGCAGGGGACGCCGAGCACCUGAGGGACGCCUGCAGGGACGCGGCCACCGCCGGGGCCACCGCCAGGGCCACCGGGGACCACCUGGCUGUGGCGGUGGCCCAGGAGAAGGAGGCACGCCAGGAGCUGCUGAUGGCCACCCGGGGACUGCCCAUCACCUCCGAGUUGGCCACCAUGGCCGAGGUGGUGGCAGCCCACAGGACACAGGUGGCCAAUGCCAGCACCAAGCUGCAGGAGGCCACCAAGGCCACUGAGAAGGCGGUGGUGGCCAUGGUGGAGGCGCAGGUGGCCGGUGCGCGGGGCCGGCGGGCAGGGCUGGCCCUGGAGCCCCUGGGCCGCUUGGUGGCCACUUGCCACGCGGCCACCUACUGCUACUGUCACCUGCGGCGCCGCCUCGAGGACAUCGAGGCCACCAUGGCUGGACGUGGAGGUCCUGAGGGGACAAUUGGUGGCCCUGAGAUCACCCAGGAGGGUCCUGGUGUCCCCACGGACCUGAUGGCAGCGGUGGCAGCAGCCGAGGUGCUGUGGGAAGCCAGUGGCCGCCUGGCCAAGGGCCACCUCCUGGGGACACUGCGGGUGGCCCGGGGGCUGUUGGCCAUCCCUGGUGUCCCCGAUGCCACCGCAGCCGCCAGAGUGGCUCAACAGUGUCACAUCGCCACCGCUGCCAUCCCGGGGCUGCUGUCGCGGGGACAGCAGUAGGGGACAGUGGCUUUGUUGGGGACAAAUGGCUUUGUUGGGUAUAAGUGGCUUCAUCAGGACCAGUGGCAUCAAGUCA